UUGGAAUUGGUUAGGUUUUAAGCCCGAACUAAUUUUUACUAUAUUAAUAAAAAAAACAUAAAAUUAAACAUGGCGGACUGUGAUGAAUGGUGGGAUGAGUCCGAGCCAGUACCGGCACCGGCCCCGGCUUCUAAUAUCAGACACGAUAAUACCUCUUCUAGAGGUAGUAGAGUAUUUCAUUCUAAUUCAGGCCGUGGCAGAGGUAGAGGCGGAGUAAGAGGCCGUAGUAAUGAACCUAAUUGGAGAGAACGUAGCGGGGAUGACGGCCAGAGUCGGCGUAACUUCAAUAACUCGAAUGGUGACAAAAAGGUAAUAUCGAUUCCUUCUGACAAAGUCGGCCGUGUUAUCGGCAAGGGAGGGUCGAAAAUUCGCGAUCUUCAAUAUGAAUCUGACGCGAAAAUCAAGAUCGGAGACUCGAACGGUAACGAUACUGAAGUCACGCUUUUUGGAACCACAGAUGCGAUAACUAAAGCCAAUAACAUGAUCGACGACCUCAUGAAAGAUCGGAAACCGCCUCCUACGAAAGAGAACUACUCUAGUGCUGGCAAUGGUGAUGAAGCAAGUGGUACUUCUACGACACACAACUAUUCUAUCAUCAAUGAAAAUGGCGAUGAAGUAAUCGAUUGGGACAGGUUAAAUGCUGAUUAUGAGAAGAAUCAGCAGGAGAGAUGGAGCCAGUUGCCAGAUAUUGUAAAAGAUUUGUAUAAAGAAGACCAGAAAGUCAAGGAAAUGUCUGCCGCUGAAGUUAAACGUUGGCGUUUAACUCACAAUGACAUACAAGUUAAGAGGACUUUUGAUGAUAAGCCAGGCUUGAGACCAAUACCCAACCCGGUGUUAACAUUUGAACAGGCUUUCCAACAUUACCCAGAAAUAUUGGAUGAAAUAUAUAAACAAGGUUUCCAGGAGCCAUCUCCCAUUCAAAGCCAGGCCUGGCCCAUUUUGCUUAGAGGAGAAGAUAUGAUUGGCAUCGCUCAAACAGGUACUGGGAAAACGUUAGCGUUCUUGUUACCCGCUUUGAUACACAUUGAUGUUCAACCAAUGCCUAGAGAUCAAAGAGCAGGCCCCACUGUUCUCGUAUUAGCACCAACCAGAGAACUUGCAUUACAGAUUGAAAAAGAAGUAUCAAAAUACCAGUACAGAGGUAUAAAAUCUGUCUGUGUUUACGGAGGUGGGAACAGGAAAGAGCAAAUUAACAUUGUCACCAAAGGUGUAGAUAUAGUUAUAGCCACACCAGGAAGAUUUCUGGAUCUUGUUAAAGCCAAGCAUUUAUGUGCAAUAAAUUUCUCAUAUAUUGUAUUAGAUGAGGCAGAUCGAAUGUUGGACAUGGGUUUCGAGCCACAGAUAAAAAUAUCUUUGUUUGACGUGAGGCCUGAUAGACAAGUGGUAAUGACCUCUGCUACAUGGCCACCUGGUGUGAGACGCCUCGCUGAAACUUACAUGAAGGAUCCCAUUCAAGUUAACGUAGGGUCAUUAGAUCUUGCCGCUGUCCAUACAGUUACGCAGCAACUAAUGUUUUUAGAAGAGGAUGAUAAAGAAGCAGCUCUACUCGAAUUUAUCAGUAACAUGCACGAAAAUGACAAAAUCAUCAUAUUCUGUGGUAAAAAAGCAACAGCCAGUCACAUCUCUACCGAGUUGUGCUGUAAAGGUAUCAGCUGUCAAUCGUUACACGGUGACAGGGAUCAGAGCGAUCGCGAAGCUGCCCUAGAUGACAUGGUUGAUGGUACAGUCAACAUUUUAGUCGCGACAGAUGUCGCCUCAAGAGGCAUUGAUAUAAAAGACUUGACGCAUGUCAUCAAUUUUGAUUUUCCACGUCACAUUGAGGAGUAUGUUCACAGAGUUGGUCGGACAGGCAGGGCGGGGAAAACUGGAAUUUCCCUAACGUUUAUAACAAGAAGUGAUUGGGCACAUGCCGGUGAACUUGUAAAGAUAUUGGAGGAAGCUGCUCAAGAAGUACCUGAAGAGUUAGUGUUGAUGGCGGAGAGGUUUGAAGCUAUGAAAAUUCGUAGAGAUAGAGAUGGCGGUGGAGGCGGCAGGGGAGGAAGGGGGGGAAGGGGGAGGGGAGGCAGAGGUCGAAGGGACUUCUUUUUUUAAUCUUUUUUUUCUUGUCAGUUCAUUUAUCUAUUAGAAAAGUGUCUAUCUUAUUUAAAGUAGUAUCUAUUAUGUGGUAGUAGCAACAUAGGCUGAAAAAAUUCAAAAUUCUUUUAAUGAUAAUUUUUUCAUACAAAUAUACGAUGAAACGCAUUGACCUCUUAUAAUAAAAUGGACUCACAGUCAUGUAGAAAAUUUUAUUUAAAAA